AUCAACUCUUUGUUGAACCGCACGUGUUUUUUUUCAUGUUUCACAUUGUUUGAUCGAUUAUUAAUUUUUAUGAAUUCUUAAUCAUGGAACAACAUCGACCAGGCCGUUUGAAACAAAAAAAUAAACCACACAAAGCUGGUAAAAAACGUGUCCGAUUUCAUUCGACAUCAUCUGUUAAUUCAUUGCGAUCCUCUUCAACGUGUGUUGGUGGCAAAAAAGGAUCAGGCCUCGCUCGUAGUGUACGAAAAAAUCAAUUAAUACAAAUCAGGCGCCUUAAACGAGAAGAAAUAAUUAACUCUCGUCGAAAAAUUUCUAUUGCACCCAUUCUUAUUGCUGUAAUUGAUUUAUCCGAUCGUUUGGAUCAUUUUGCGAAGCUUUUGCUUGCAUUCGAUCAAACAGCUACGGUUGAAAUAUCCAAACAUGGUCAUUAUUGGCAUAUUGACAUACCGAAAUUUCGAACGCGAUAUCAGCUGGUAAAUUUGGAUCGCAAAGAUUUAUAUUCAUCAAUCGAUCUAGCCAAAUUGGCUGACAUUUUAUUAAUCAUCCACUCCAACAAAGUUGAACGCUUUGAAGUCGAUAAUCCAGAGUUAAUUCAAGAUGAUUUCUUUACUUUAGAUGCCAUUUACAAUCAUUGUUUACCGCUAACUAUUCACGCUAUCAUAGGUUUAGCUGAUGUUAGUAAUCCCAAACAAAAGGAUCGUGUUCGACGUACACUCUUCGAGGCGAUAAAUAAAAAUUUUCCCGGUCUUAUGAAUGGUGGCAAUGAUAAAAUGCGAUCACUGGACACGGCCCAAGAUUUGAUUAAAUUGUUUCACUAUUGUUCAACAGUUAAAUGUUGCCGCUCUAGAUCUCGUAGUUAUUGUUCUCGUCGAAGCCAACUUUUGGCAGAAGAUUUUCAUUUUGUUCCUAAUUCAUCAGAUCCUGAAAUUGGAACGCUGCAAGUUGAAGGUUUUGUUCGUAAUAACCCAUUUAAUGUUUCUUCUUUGGUAUAUGUACCAGAAUUCGGAGAAUUUCAAAUGGAUUUAAUCGAAACUGUAUCAGUUCCAUAUGGUGACAAAAAAAGGAAACAAAACAAAGAAAUAGAAUUCCGAAGUCAGUGCGAUCUGCAAUUACGGCCUUCAUUGAAACGAGAGAAUCCUGUUCAAACAAUUUUCGAGGAAGAAAUGCAAGCACAACAUGAGGAUAAAAAACAUUCGGAAAUAGAAAAGAAGAAAGUGCCCAUAGGUACAUCUGACUAUCAAGCGAAUUGGAUUUUCGAAUCCGAUGAAGAAGAAAAUGACGACGACGAUGAUGUUGAAUGCGACAAUGAAAGUCAAUUUAGCGACGAUCAAGAUGAAAUUAUUGAAAAAAUUAAAAAGAUUCAGUUUGCCCCUAUCGAAUGCCAUGAUGAUGAUGAUGAAAACGUAAACGGAAUGAAAGAUGAUAACGAAAAAGAUGAUGUAAGUCUAGAUAAAGAUAUUGAUUACGACCAAGAAAUAAAUAUGCAAGAUGAACAAAUGGAAUUGGAAAAAUUCAAGGAGCAACGAAUGUAUGAAAUGUUUCCUGAUGAAAUCGAUACGCCUGUUGAUCGACCGGCACGUGAACGUUUCGCCAAAUAUCGUGGAUUGAAAAGCUUUCGUACAUCUCAAUGGGAUUGUAAAGAAAAUCUUCCUUCAGAUUAUUCUCGAAUAUUUCAAUUUGAAAAUUUUAAUCGUACACGUAGACGUAUAUUCAAGUCUGAUACAUUUGGUGCCGAUCCUGGAUUCUACAUCCGUGUUCAUUUAGCUAAUGUGCCGAGAAAAUUGUCUGAUUACUUUCAACAAAAUUCUCAUAAACCCUUGAUUCUAUAUGAGCUUUUAGCCCACGAACAUAAAAUGUCUGUGAUGAAUGUUGUUGUCAAAAAGGUUCCAUCGUUUACGAUGCCGAUCAAAUCAAAAGAACGAUUAAUCUUUCAUGUUGGAUAUCGUCGAUUCGUUGCCAAACCUAUAUUUUCGGCUCAUACGACUGGCGAUAAACAUAAAUAUGAGAAAUAUCUCCGUUCAGAUGUUGCCUGUGUUGCUACGUUAUACGCGCCUAUAACAUAUCCGCCAGCACCUGUUCUCGUGUACAAAGAAUUUGAACAAGAUGGCAGCCAUCAAUUGGUUGCCAUUGGUUCCCUAUUAGAUUGUAGUCCUGAUCGUUUAAUUAUCAAACGUUACAUUCUUUCUGGACAUCCGUAUAAGAUUCAUCGUCGCCAUUCUGUCGUUCGUUAUAUGUUUUUUAAUCGUGAAGAUAUACUUUGGUUUAGGCCAGUUGAACUACGAACCAAAUAUGGUCGCCAUGGACACAUUUUGGAACCAUUAGGAACGCAUGGUCAUAUGAAAUGUCGGUUUGAUCAUCAGCUUAAUUCACAGGAUACUAUACUUAUGUAUCUUUACAAACGCGUCUUUCCUAAGUGGUAUUAUGAACCAAUCACAAUUGAUCAACAUCCAAACAUACAUUUGACAUCUAAUGAUCAGAUCAACAACAACAAUGAUGAUGAUGAUGAUGACCAUAGAAUGCAAAUGUAAUUCAUAUGAACUUGUUCUUUUUUGAUUCGAAAAUAAAAAAAAAGUUUGAAUUCAUA